AUGAACGAUGAGGCAGAGUCCUCGGGAGCUGCGCAGCGCCAUGGACCCAACUCACCUGAGCUCGUGGACCCUGAGGAUGACUUGGUGGAAAUCGACGAAGAGGAGGUCCAGCGGCUGAAAGACCAGCUCGUCAAGGAGAGACGGCUAGAUGCAAAGCGGAAACGCAUACGGAUGCUUAAUGAGCUCUUGCGUGAGCUUGACUUGGUUGUCUACAUGCAGCUCAUCACUCUCUAUCAUUUCGACUGUUCAUUCUUCUGGCUGGCCGUCAAGGCUCUCAUCCAUGGCACCUUGCUUACGCCCACUUCUGACCCGGUCGGCGAACGCCCACCCGACGAGCCCAAGCCUUUCCUGCCCCUGAUACUGUUCUCGUUCUGCGUCAACUUCGUCCUGCAUCAGCUGUAUCCUGCGCCAUCGGCCGGGGAAGACACACGCGGUUAUCUACACGGUGGCCUGAUGAUCGACUUUAUUGGGCAACAAGGCCCCACCAGCAAGUGGAAGCUUGGGGCGUUGGACCUAUGCAUACUGUUCCUGCAGCUUAUCAUGGUUUCCGUGCACGUUAAGAGACGCGAAUUGAAGAAGAAGCUAGCGAAAUUUACCACAGACGAUGUCGAGCGGCCUACACCAGAUGCGUCGAACGAGGCGGCCGAGGCCACUGCUCGCGAGCAUGCGGCCCGAGAACAGAAUGCCGACGAUGAAGAGCGAGGUGUCCUGCGCCGAAUGGAUACGCUGUCAGACAUUGGAAUCGACCCGGAUGAGGAAGAUGCGCUGCUGUCAUCGUCAUCUGACGCUGGCCAGCCCGACGCCCUAGAUAUCCUCACGUCAGGCCAGUGCGCCAUCGGUGACUUCAGUCUUAUCGACACCCUUGUACAAGAAAACAAGAACUACUCGGCAUACCGCUUGACGCGCACCGAGAGCGGAAUGAAUGACAUGCCCGAAACAUUGCGGCGGCUCAACACUUUGCGCGCGCGGUUCGGAGUGGGCGGUGGCUGA